AUGAGCCUUGUCGGCCAGACUUGCCCGUUCUUGAUGCGAACUCACCGUGGGGCUUUGAAACAUGACCGCCGCAGCUGCUGGCCGUCAGAACGACAGCUGCGCCGUCGCCGCAGCUAUGCGCGCAAGUGCGCACCGCACGCCGGAGAUCACGGAGUGCUCUCCGCAAUAGCUCGUUUUCAGCUUCAGUUUCGUCGGAAGCAAGUUUUCCUUGUGUCGAGAUGGUGUUGUUCGCACUGCGGGUAUGGGAUUUGCGUAACUUCAGCUUCAACAGACGUUCUUCAGGAUUGCUGCCAUGACGGUAAUGGUGUGGGUGAUGCUUCUGCUCGCGCAGGCGGCUGUGGCCAUUGUGUGCCCACCACACGUCUGCGAAAGCACCAAGUGCCCGCGGCCGCCUGUAAAGACCUGUCACGGACGGCUGAGCACCCAAGGGAGUUUCUGCGGGUGUUGCAAAGUUUGCAUGCACGAAUCAGGGUUCGGAGAACCAUGCACGUAUUCGCCCCUUCUCGGUGUGCCCUCGGCGUCUCAGUGCACGAGGGGUCUCAUCUGCGAUCCUCGUGCGAGCGUGUGCAUCCCAGCGCUGUGGUACAUUGCCCAUCACCUCGAUGGCCGUAACAUAAAGACCACUUCUCGCAGGUUGAGUUAAUAAAUGCUCGAGUUCAGA